AUCAACAACUACCCAUCAUUCGCCGAGAGUCUCUUCCUUUUAAGUCAACAUAGACCGGUCCUCAUAUUUUUUGAGGGUGCUAUCUCUCGGGCCCACGAACCUGUGAGAGGGAUUCAUCAAGGAAUACAGACUCGUUGAUGUGAGACCCCUCACUCACCGCGCGGUAUGUCCUCCGCCCAGCGCAAGCCAUCAACCGCCAACGAUGGCUUCUUCCAAACUGUCCCCAGCAUUCGAAACCAGUUUUACGAUGAUGUUAGCUUUCAAAGGGUAAUGGAUUUGUUCCUUCCCAAAUCAGUCAUCGAGUCUAUCACCCCAGAGCUUGCCAAUUUCGGCGAUGAAAUAUUAUCCAAGCGAAUCUUUGACUGGGUGACUGAUGCGGAAAGAAAUGUCCCUUACGUGCGUGGUGGUGGGCGAGACGCUUUUGGACGGAGGACGAGCGAGCUUGUUGUCUCUGAGGGCUGGAGGCAACUGCAGAAUUUUGGUAUUGAAAACGGGAUCGUUGCGAUUGGGUACGAACAGAAGUAUUCCGAGUCCACUCGAGUUGUCCAGAUGCUGAAAAAUCAUUUGUGGACUGGAUCAAAUGCCAAUGUCUCGUGUCCUAGUGCAAUGACAGAUGGUGCAGCAAAACUUCUAAAGACCCACCUUUUCUCCACCCAACUUGAACCCGCCUCACGCCGAGUAUUUCAAGAUGCAUACGACCGACUCAUCUCUCGAGAUCCUCAGAAAGCCUGGACCAGUGGCCAAUGGAUGACGGAAAGGGGAGGUGGGAGCGACGUCUCGGGCACGGAAACAAUUGCGACAUGGGCACCCUCUAAUGACGGAUUCGUAUCUAAUCUUCCUCUUGGACCUUGGCGAAUCGAUGGCUUCAAAUGGUUCUCAUCUGCUACGGACUCGUCUAUGACAGUGCUACUUGCGCAAACCCCGAAAGGACUCAGCACCUUCUUUGCACCUAUUUGCCGGACGCUUCCCAAUACCAGUGCCUCCCCGAUCGAAAAAGAGUCGAAUGGCAUAUUCAUCCAGCGCCUGAAAAACAAAUUCGGCACUAAAAGUCUUCCCACUGCUGAACUCGAGUUAUCAAACACCCGUGGAUACCUCAUCGGAAAGGAAGGACAAGGCAUUCAAGAAAUCAGCGCCAUUCUGAACAUCACUCGAGUUUAUAGCGCAAUCUCAGCAGUCGGAUAUCUAGGCCGUGGUCUUGCGAUUGCCAAGUCCUUCGCCAAAGUACGCGAGGUUGGAGCCGGGAAGGGAAAGAGAUUGAUGCUGAAGGAUUCCCCUUUGCACAUGAAUACCAUGGCCAAAAUCGCUGGGGAAUACCACUCAUUGAAUCUGUUUACCUUCUUCGGCACUUGGCUUCUGGGUAUCAGUGAGCAGGAUCAGAUUCCCGCUCGUUCUGAACCUCCAUCAUCGAGGGCACGCCUUCAGCCGGAUGACCCUGCUAAUAUACAACUUCUCCUGCGGGUUUUGUUUCCAGUGCUGAAAGCCACGGUCUGUAAGCGCUCUAUUCAUACCUUGCAAGAGUGUAUGGAAGCACUUGGUGGAGUUGGCUAUCUCGAUAAUACCGAGAAUGAAUCAAUAAAUAUUGCCAGGAUAUAUCGCGACUGCUGCGUUCUGAGCAUCUGGGAAGGCACGACUGAUGUGUUGGCCAGUGAUACGUUGAGAGUGCUCUCAGGUCGGAUAGGCAACGGUGUCCUCAAUGCUAUGGAUCGAUGGAUCUCAAAGGCUCUUGGCAGCGACUUUGGAUCCUCCCCGUUCGCAAGUGCAAAGAGAGAUAUCACCACCAUAUGGGGAACGCUCAGAGAUAGACUCCGGAAAGAGAGCCAUGAAAAAUUACUGCCCUCUGCACGAGACAUCUUGUUCCAGAUUUCCGAUAUAAUCAUGGGAGUCCUCCUUAUAGUCGACUCCGAAAAUGACAUAAACCCCGCCGCGAUGGAGGUCUGCUUCAGAUUCUUGGAGGAGCAUGGCUUGGCUAGCAGCGGCGCUUUAAGAAACCUUGAAGGAGGUUUGAAAUUGAACCAACAAAUUGUUUAUGGGGAUGGUAUGGAAAAGUCUUUUGCCAGUCAGUCAAAACUGUAGGAUAUAUUGUUCAAAAGACUUCCCAACUUCCAUCUCUAGACUCAAGAAAUUUCGAGUAUGGCAAUGAAAAACAAAUGCCUCUUAGUUCUACCAGGACCAACCAAAAAUAAGAUUACAAUCAACAAUCUAGCUGUAUAUGAC